UAAAACAAAAAAACUCAGACUUUGGUAAAGUUAUCGUUUUGUUUAUUUAGGUUUUAGUUAUCGAUUCUCCUCCUUCAAUCAUACUUGCAAAACUUCAAUCAAAAUGUUAAAACCUCUAAAAUCGUCGAUCAUACUCUCAAUCAUCGAUCUAUUUGAAGCGAAUUUCAUAAUCGAUCCCAUUCUAAUCGCUGAGAACUUGAAACCUCACUUUGCUUUGAAUCGUCGAUUCGAUCCUACUCGAUUAGCUAAAAUCUCUAGACUUCCUUCCGAUUUCAAUCAUCGAAUCGAUCUUAAUCGUAGAAUCACUCUCGAUCGAUUCGUUGAAUCACUUCUCAGCAGUACAAAAGUUGAGCUUAUCACAAGGGGGUUGCUUCUCUACCAGAUAACGAGUUCUCAGCUGCAGAUAUACACUAAAGAUCAAGUACCAUGGGAAGGCGGAGAAAGUUGAAUGUUGUUCACCAUAAUGACCAAUCAUUGGAAAAAGAGCAAUCAAUUGAUAGCAAUGUCAAUGAAGAAGGAAGUCAUACUGAGUUCCAUAGUGACAAAAAGACCAGGGGUUAUUCACAUAUGUUAGAUGUGUGGGACAUGCCUGCUGGAGAAUUUAUACUUGUUGAGGUAGACACUUUGGGAAAUCCUAUAGGUUGGGAAGGAAAAACUCUACUGAAUGCAAUAGGGAGCUUGGUAAGGAGACACCAAUGUGCUCCUAUUAACUAUCUUUCUUGGAAAGACAUGUCCGAGUCCUAUAUUACCAGCAUGAUUGAUUUAAUUAAGAGUAAGUUUCAGUUUGUUCCUGAAUUGACUGAGCAAACAACACAAAUACUAAAGGAUAACAUGAAUAGUAAGUGGAGGCAAUUUAAGCAUGAUUUGAAAUCAAAAGGGUGUGAUGGAAGUAAGACAGAGGAGGAAAUGGUUUCUAGCAUCCCUGACAAAAGGGUUGAUCCUUCCCAAUAUCGUGCUUUGGUACAUCAUUGGUGUUCCAAGGAUGGACAGAAAAUAAGUCAAAUUAACAAAAGGAAUCGCUCAAAAUUUGAGGAUUUACAUUGCAUGGGAACCAAAAAUCUUCCUAGGCUAAUUCAUGAGAUGACAACCAAGGCUAGAGGAGUACCACCUACACGAGCUGAAAUUUAUAUUGAUACACGAACUCGAAAAGAUGGGAGUAUUGUAACUGAAAAGGCAGCUGCUACAAUUGAGGAUUUAAAGAACCAUAUGGUAGAAAAUUUGGAAGUCACUCAAGAUUCUAUAAAUUGGAAGAAUGAUGCAUAUUCAAAAGUGAAAGGGCCUGAAAGAAGAGGACGUGUCCGUUGUCUUGGCAAGAUUCCACGUCAUGAAAUUUCAAAUGUUUCAUCUCAACGCACCACUAAUUCAGAAAAUAGACUUCAAAAAGUAGAAAACUUACUUGGAAAUAUUGUUGUUGUGCUUCAAAUGCGAUUUUCUGCCGAUCCUCAGAUUAAUGCUGUCUUACAAGCUGUAGCUCAAGAGGUACCUAAUGUUACAAGUGCCCCAAAUGAUUUUAAUGGUAACAAUCAGCAAACUACGAGUGACACUAACUCACUACACUUUUAAGGAAAUUCUCGAAGCUUUAGAGAAAUCAAGCCAUACAUCUGGAAUUUCAGAACACGAUAUGAAGCUUCACUAUACUGGCGAAGACGAUAUGAUCAUUUAGACAGACUUGAAUGAGGAAAAUUAUUGUGUGCAGAUGAACAUUUAUUGCCCUUUGAUUUUAUUGGUGUUUUAGAGAGAUAAUUUUAGAAACCAAAUAAAGUUUAUAUCAAAACUAGACAAGCCUGAAUGAGGAAAAUCAUUGUUCUUUGCUUCUUAUAGUAUUCAAUAUUAAUGUCAUAAUUGAUGAACAAAUGUAUAUGAAACUUAGUUUCUGAUUUGUCCAAUGUAAAUGGCUACAUAUUUUGAAAUAAAUUUUAAAUAUUAAUUAUUUUUGACCA